AUGACUGAUUACGAGUACCUCGAUCCCAUCAUCGGCUUGAUUGGACCGUUGUUCCAUAUCCCGAAAGUGCGGAUUCUUUGUCUUCGAGUGCACGGUGUUCGCGUUGGAGCUCAGACUCAUGCAUCUUCUCGACAUCGUCGAACUCGCGCUCAAGACUCUCCCAAGCUUCCUGUUCAUGUUUCACUUGAGUUACUAAUUCUUCCUGAUGGGCUCGGUUUUUGCACAUCUGUGUUCAUUUUGCGCGAGCUCAAGACGACACUGAUAUACUUCAAAAAGGCAACUGUCCUCCUCGCUACAAGUGGUGUUUUCGCUGCCGCAUGCAGGACAAAACUACAUUCUAAGAUGUGCAGGACCAUGAAUUCCCUACUCGAGCCGCGGCUCAGGCCAGAGCCGGGCCAAAGCCAGCCGUCAUUGGUGGCUUUGGCCCGGCCUGGAUUUUUUGCAGGCCAAAGCCGUCUGAAGCCAGGCCAAAGCCGCGGCUUUUGGGCCAAGCCGGGCCGGAACAUCACUACUACCAAGUCUCCAAUCCGACUCUUUUGGAGGGACCCCGUGGAAUGCUUGGAGAGCCUUUUCAGCAAUCCACUGCCUCACGACAAGCUUGAUUUUAUCCCUCGCCGUGUUUACAAAACAGCAGAGCGGCUUUUGCGUGUAUAUUCAGAAUGGUUAACGGGAGAUUCUGCUUGGGAAAUGCAAACACAACUUCCCAGAGGUGCUACAGUUCUCGGCGCCGUUCUUUCGUCCGACAAAACUAACAUCACCACCAUGACUGGUGCCAGGCCAUUGAUGAAAGCUGCUGAAGUCGGGAUUAUGAUGUCCGAUCCGGUAGGAAACGUCCGCCAUUGCUUUACCCCUCUCGCAGCAUACAUUGUUGAUACCCCGGAGGCGGCCAUGCUUGCAUGUGUGCGCGGAAAGACCUCUCCUUUCACCAUGGCCUCGUAUUUGCAGUUUGGGGAUAAUUUCCGGCACCCUGCUCAUACGCGCUCCAUCACUCUUGGACAGCUCGCUAACAUCACGGUCAAUCCUGAUGACCUGGAGGCUUAUUUUGAGGCUUGUGCUGACUCGCGGCUGAACGGCGUGUAUGCACCGUUCUGGAUGGAUUGGCCGCUCGCAGAUCCCUCCAUCUUUCUGACGCCAGAAUCAUUGUGCACCAUUGGCACAAAGAAUUUUAUGACCACGAUCUUCAGUGGUGUAUCAUGGUCGUUGGAGCUCAGGAACUGGAUUUUCGAUUCUCAAUAUUACAGCCGACUACUGGCUAUCGCCACUUUUCUGACGGAAUAUCUAAACUGA